GGAUAUUUCAGUCAAAUGGUAAUCAGCUAUGAAAAAACGCCCACUUAUAGAAAAAGUAAAUCUCUUACUUCACAUCAAAGAAUUCAUAAUAGAGAAAAACCUUAUGUUUGUAAGGAACGUGGGAAAGCUUGUAGUCAUGGCUCAAAACUUGUUCAACAUGAGAGAACUCAUACAGUUGAAAAACACUUUGAAUGUAAGGACUGUGGGAAGAAUUAUUUUAGUGCCUAUCAACUCACUGUGCAUGAGAGAUUUCAUACUGGUGAGAAACCCUAUGAAUGUAAGGAAUGUGGGAAGACCUUUAGUUGGGGAUCAAGUCUUGUUAAACAUAAGAGAAUCCAUACUGGUGAGAAACCCUAUGAAUGUAAAGAGUGUGGGAAGGCCUUUAGUCGUGGCUAUCACCUUACUCAACAUCAGAAAAUUCAUAUUGGUGUGAAAUCUUAUAAAUGUAAGGAAUGUGGGAAGGCCUUUUUUUGGGGUUCAAGCCUUGCUAAACAUGAGAUAAUUCAUACAGGUGAGAGACCUUAUAAAUGUAAAGAAUGUGGGAAGGCCUUCAGUCGUGGCUAUCAACUUACUCAGCAUGAGAAAAUCCAUACUGGUAAGAAACCUUAUGAAUGUAGAAUUUGUCGAAAGGCUUUUUGUUGGGGCUAUCAACUUACUAGACAUCAGUUAUUUCAUAGUGGUGAGAAACCCUAUGAAUGUAAGGAAUGUGGAAAGGCCUUUAAUUGUGGAUCUAGUCUUAUUCAACAUGAAAGAAUCCAUACUGGUGAGAAACCUUAUGAAUGUAAAGAAUGUGGAAAGGCCUUUAGUCGGGGCUAUCACCUUACUCAACAUCAGAAGAUUCAUACUGGUGAGAAACCUUUUGAAUGUAAGGAAUGUGGGAAGGCCUUCAGUUGGGGUUCAAGCCUAGUUAAACAUGAGAGAGUUCACACUGGUGAGAAAUCCUAUGAAUGUAAAGAAUGUGGGAAGGCCUUCUGUAGUGGCUAUCAACUUACUAGACAUCAGAUAUUUCAUACUGGUGAGAAACCCUAUGAAUGUAAGGAAUGUGGAAAGGCCUUUAAUUGGGGAUCAAGUCUUGUUCAACAUGAAAGAAUCCAUACUGGUGAGAAACCUUAUGAAUGUAAAGAAUGUGGAAAGGCCUUUAGUCGGGGCUAUCACCUUACUCAACAUCAGAAGGUUCAUACUGGUGAGAAACCUUUUAAAUGUAAAGAAUGUGGGAAAGCUUUUAGUUGGGGUUCAAGCCUAGUUAAACAUGAGAAAGUCCAUACUGGUGAGAAACCUUAUGAAUGUAAAGAAUGUGGGAAGGCCUUUGGUACUGGCUAUCAACUUAGCGUUCAUCACAGACUUCAUACUGGUGAGAAAAUUUAUGAAUGUAAGGAAUUUGAAAAGACCUUUACUCAUGGCUCAAACCUUGUUCAACAUGCAAGAACUUAUAAUAAUGAUAAACCCUACAAAUAUAAAGAAUGUGGGAAAGGCUUCAUAUGGACAACUUACUCAAAUGAGGCAACUUUAUGAUUGAAAGAUGUGAAAGAACACUUUUGUGU